UGAAAAAUCUGAUUUCUCAAUAUUGAAUCAUUUCUUUGGAGCACCCUGCUCCAGGUGUUUCGUUAAGAGCCACCAAAAAGCUUAUAUCUUGCCAGCUUCAAAAAGUGUUUAAAUAAUUGUAGUAGAUUCCCAAAGGAAACGAUAAUAAUAACAUUAGAAACUUGAAUUUGUAAUUGUUACAUGAAAAUUUCUGUAAUACUAAAGGACAUUAACAUCUUUAUAAAGAAACUCAAAUGUAUAAAGGAAAGUGGACAUUAACAUCUUUAUAGAAACCGAUGUCACCUUCACUAUCUUGUGUGUAAAUAAAUUCGAAUGUAGAGAUGUAUAUCCACACCUUAAACUGAAAAUACACAUGGAUGUUUACACUUUGUAUGUCCAUUUAAGUUUUUGCAAGUUGCUGAUUUUCAACAUGUUAUACCAACUGAAGGGCAGCAAUUCUGUGUUUUCCCGGUCAUGGUGUAAGGCUGCAUGAGAUAUAUCAUUCUGGUAGAAUUCAACUUCUGGGGUAGGUCUUAGGACUUGUAUCAAUGUUAUCUUGGUUAAGCUGAGUGUUGCGUGAGCCCCUUCCAUCAAUCUUAUUGAAACUCUAGCUGAGCUGAGGUUCUUCAAUCUCUGCAAAGGACUAACUCAUUAUAUACUAGCUUAAGUUGGUUUAUUGUCCAAGGUGAGCUUCCAUUAGUCCAGUUAAGAGUGGCGGAUAGGCUCCUGGGGAACUUGAUUAGUUUUGGUCAAUAAGAUGUUUAAAAUACGAAUCUGUAUUAUGCUAUUUUGUCUAAUACAGCUACAAUAAAUAAGCCAACUGUAUAUGGACUGUUAUAGUACUAGAUUAAAAUAAUGGGACCCAGUUGACAGCCUAGUUAUAUCUUCAAUUUGGACAUGUGGCAUGGACCUACAAUACCACCUUAUGUGUCAAUAAGGUGAAAAGUGGACCCACAAUGCCUGUCAUCAUGCAAAGCAGGAUUGGAUGGGAAAUGCUUUAUGGGGUGAGAAGUUUUGGAAGUUCCAUUGGCAAUCUAAAGUUGUCCUGGCGUAUUUGUAGUUGAUUCAGAGUUAGAGACAUCUCCAUUUGGUUAACUUAUUAUAUUUUGAGUUGUAUGUACUCAGUUAUGAGUUAGAAACAUGAUCAAUUCCUGGAUGUGUUUGGAUUUCUUGGUUUUGGUGUAUGUUUCCUGAUUAGCAAGGAGAAAUAGUUCAUUCUGUGUUGUGUGCUAUAGUUGUUUAUUCUCAUGUGCACCAUAGUGGUGUAUGAUCUCUGAAAAGGCUUGGCUCUCGAUUUACUAGUUAAUAAUUUCAAAGUAUCUCCAUAGUUAAAUGUUAUUCAAAUACCUUUUGAUUGACAGUUCAGGUGUUUUCUCACUAAUUUAAAAAAGAUGUAAUUUAGUGCAGGAACUCUUGCUGAAAGAGGACAAAGAGAUUUUCUUGACAUUUGUCAUUAACAGAGACAUAAGUGUUGUAGGUGUUAUCAUCGAAACACCAUGCUAAACCCGUGGUGUCUGACACAUCCUUUUUGUUUGCAACACAUUUUGCUUGUUAAGUUGUCAUUUGAAGGGAAUACAUCUCAUGCAAAGUUCUUUUCUUCUCAUCUUAGAUUAAAAGAUUCCUUCAAGUUUUGGUUCUGUUCAUCUAAUAGUAUUCAUUAAGAUUGAAAAUGGCUUUGUCUAUUGUCAGAGGACUGUUGCAACAAUAUGUGCAGUCAUUGUUCAAUGAGGGGAUCAUAAAUGAUCAGUUUUCUCAUAUUCAGCAUUUGAAAAUGGUUGGAAGGGCUGAUCAUUUUGUGCAGUUGAUCAAUACAUACUGCCUCAAUGUGGAAACCAUUUUAUCAAAACUUGAAAGCUACAUUGAUCUCCCUAAUGUUGAUUUUUCUAACUUGGCUGCUCUGGCUACAGAAAUAGAGGAGAGAAGCUCCUGUAUUGGUGCUGAGCAUGUGAGACUCACAUGCUUGGAUCUUAUGCGGGCUUGUGAUCAGAUGCAAAAGCAGAACUUCUGUCAGGCCUUGAGUUGGACAAAGAAUGAAUUCGCUCAUACCCGUAACAAGUUGCAGGUCCUUGUCCAGAUGGAGCGGAAGAUUAUGAGGCUCGAAGCAAAACAGCAAAAAUAGAAUGCUAUCAAGUAGUAUUCUUGAAUGUGCAAUGAAUCUUAGUGAUUUCCUUGGGAAAGUGGUACUAUUUACAAAACUACAACCAACAAUCUAAUAGUAACACUUUUAUAUUUCUCAUUUAAAAUAGUAAUCAGUUUACAAUUCUAGCA